AUGGCGCAUCCAGGCACCGCGCACGUGUACGCUGAGAAGCGGAUUGCGUUUGAACACGCGGGGGCGCAUUCGCACUCGGGUUCUGAUGGACGAGACGGGAAGGGGGGAGAGGAGGAGAGGAAGAAUACAUUGGUCUGGAUUGGUGGGUUGGGGGAUGGGUUGAUGACUGUGAGCUACCCCUCGGCCAUCGCAAAGGCACUGGACGAGGAGUGGGCGAUAGCAGAAAUUCUCCUCUCGUCGUCGUACCGCGGGUGGGGGACGAGCUCGCUGCAGAAAGACGCGAAGGAGAUCGCAGAGUGCGUUGGGUAUUUUCGAGGGUUGAGGCCGCAGGGGCGCUUGGUGCUCAUGGGGCACUCGACGGGGUGCCAGGAUAUCAUGGAGUAUUUGACUGGCGAGGGGCACGCCACGCGGCCCCCGAUCCACGGCGCAAUCCUCCAAGGCAGCGUCUCAGACCGCGAAGCCUGUGCCUUCCUGCUCAGCACGCCCUCGGAGCAAGCCUCGUGCGCCGCGGUGCUGCAAGAAGCCCAACGCCUCAUCGCCGCCGGCACGCCCGAGGAAAUCGUGCCCCGCGAGCACAACAUCGUGCAGCGCGAACUCGGCGCCGCCAUGACUGCCUACCGCACGCACUCGCUGCUGGCGAGCGGCGGCGACGACGACUACUUCUCCACGGACCUCGAGGACGCGGCGCUGCGCGCUACGUUUGGCAGGAUUCCUGCGUCUGUGCCCGUCUUGUUCUUGCUCGGUGCUGAGGAUCCGUUUGUCAGUCCGAAGACGGAUAAGAGGGCGUUGCUGGAGCGGUGGGCUGGGUUUGUUAGGGAGGGUGGGGGCGUCGUGGAUCAGGUGCAUGGUGGUGUUGUGGAGGGUGGGCACCACAAUCUGGAUGGGGAUCCGGAGGAGGUUGUCGGGGAUUUGGUGAGGAGGGUGGUUGGCUUUGUCGAGGGUUUGAAAGGGGAGCGGGUUUGA